GGGGGGGGGAAAGGCACCAUAGAGGCGGAAGGAGCGCGAGCGAGCGAGCGCGGCGUCACUCCCACAAUGCCCCGCACAAUGGGGCCGCCGGGGCCUGAGCCGGAGCCGAGCCUGGCGGGGCCCGGGGGAACGGGAUGAAGAUUUCUUGCUGUUAAAGUCAUAUCAUUGCAAAGGUUCCAGCUAUACUGGGACAGUGUAACAGCAAGUCACCAACAGGUACGAGUUCUGCUUAACAUGGCCCUGUUCUACUAGGCCUGCCAUGACGGCAUUUUUUACCAGUGUUCCUACCUGGAUUCAAGAUGCAAAGCAGGAGGAGGAGGAGACAGGCUGGAAAUUAGUCCCCAGGCAAAGGGGUCGAGAGGCUGAAAGUCAAGGCAAGUGCCAAUGUGAAAUUUCUGGGACCUCCUUUACCAAUGUGGACAAGCUGAGAACUCACACGUUCACUCAUACGGAGCAGAGACCUUACAACUGCCCUCAGCUGCACUGUGGGAAGGCCUUUGCAUCCAAGUACAAGCUCUAUAGGCACAUGGCCACACACUCUGCCCAGAAACCUCACCAGUGUAUGUACUGUGAGAAAAUGUUCCACCGGAAGGACCAUCUCCGCAAUCACCUGCAGACUCAUGACCCCAACAAGGAAGCCCUCCACUGCCCUGAGUGUGGGAAGAACUACAACACCAAACUAGGCUUCAGGCGACACCUGGCUAUGCAUGCAGCUGCCAGUGGUGAUCUGAGCUGCAAAGUGUGCCUGCAGACCUUUGAGAACACUCAGGUCCUCCUGGAACACCUCAAGGCUCAUUCCAGGAGGGCAUCUGGUGGAGCAAAGGAAAAGAAGCACUCGUGUGAUCACUGUGACAGACGCUUCUACACACGUAAAGAUGUGCGGAGACACCUUGUGGUGCACACAGGGCGGAAGGACUUCCUGUGCCAGUAUUGUGCUCAGAGGUUUGGGCGGAAGGACCACCUGACCAGGCACAUGAAGAAGAGCCACUCCCAAGAAUUGCUGAAGAUCAAGACAGAGCCAGUUGACAUGUUGGGUCUCCUAAGCUGCAGCUCAGCUGUAGCAGUGAAAGAAGAGUUGAGUCCAGUUUUAUGUAUGGCAUCCAGAGACAUGAUGAGUGGUAAGAGCUUUCCUGGCAUGCUGCCUAUGGGCAUGUACAGUACACACCUCCAAGCUAUGCCAAGUUCAGGGAUGCCCCAUUCUUUGGUUCCCAACUCUCUUCCAAUGGGAAUGAGUUAUCCUCUGGAAUCUUCUUCUCCUAUCUCCUCCCCACCACAACCUCCUCCGAAGUACCAGCUCGGAUCUACCUCAUAUUUACCUGAGAAACUACCCAAAGCAGAGGUGGAGAGCUUUCUGUCAGAGCUUCCUGGCAGUCUGUCUCUCUCAUCUGGUGAGCCUCAGUCCUCCUCACCUCAGCCAGUAACUCUGGACGAGACUCUGCUUUCCAAGAGCCCUGCUAACCUUUCAGAGGCUCUCUGUGCUGCUAACAUGGAUUUUUCUCAUCUUCUGGGCUUCCUCCCCCUGAAUCUUCCUCCAUGUAACCCACCUGUGUCAUCAGGGGGGCUGGUCAUGGGCUACUCACAGGGGGAAACCCAGCCAUUGCUUACCACUUUGCAACCUCAACCUCAAGAAUCUCCCGGAGCUGGAGGCUCCCUGAACUUUGGUCCCCUUCAUUCAUUACCCCCCGUCUUCACCUCCAGCUUGAGCACAACCACCCUGCCACGUUUCCACCAGGCAUUCCAAUAAGGUGACUGUGGCACUGGUUAGCGGGUCUUCCGCUAAUACUUGCUCGGAGAGCCCUAAAAAUGCACAACUCUUGUACUUCUCUGCUGGGAUGUGAAAGCUUUUGAAAGCUGUUUCAGACAGGACGAUUCUGGUGUCUGGAGGGAGCACUUGUGGACUGGAACAGCAGAUAUCCCUGUGCAUGUCCCAGUCCUCUAGAGUGAAAAGGUUUCAGCUGUAUUUUUUUUUUUCUAAUUUUUAAUCUGUGAAUCGGGAGCCACACUUAGCACUGACCUUCCCUGAGGUUUUGGAGCCUUGUUCCUCUUUGGGAAGGGAUUGAAUCUGAGGAGUUGGGGCUGUUUCAGCUUGGGCAGACUUGGAGUAACCUUUUGAAGAGUCCAACUUCCAUUUUGUGUUACCACAUUGCAAUCCUGGCAUUACAGCCAGUACCUGCAGGUGAAUCAAGAGGAGGGGCAAGUCCAGAGACCUAUCCCAUUUGGAACAGACAGGAGAAGAGCUGUCCUUCCCCGUUACCCCCAUCUCAUCACCUACACAGCUCAUGCCAUUUUGCAUCAGUGUUAAGCGAUAAUGAUAGUAUCAACACGAUGGAUGCAGAGCACCUCAUUUCUUUUUGCAGAGCCAUCAGAUUAGACUCAUUCCAGUGAAUUUUUUUUUAAAAACACAACAUGAGUCUCUUUCCGUCAUUACAAAAAUAGGACACACCAGUGUACAUCUGGUGUAGCUAGAAUACUGUUUACACAAUGAAGUCAGGUUGCACUGAUUUCUCUUCUUCACUUGUCACAUUUUUCCCCCAUGGGGAAAAUAAACUGACUUGGACUACUUCAGCCUCUGCCAUUUUAAAUGGUAGUUCUUUGCACAUUCCCUUUGACUUCCCAUAUGUGUCAGAGGGGGAUGGAGCAACUUAGACAUCUGGCUCACUUUCGUGGUGUAUGAAGUGAGCCCUUUUAAAAACACCACAACCACACAGAUCCUGCCUCUAUAUUGGAAACCAAAGCACACAAAAAAGCAAGGGUUAGAGCUAGUAGCUGGCAGCAUCAAGUGCUGUCUUACAGGAGACCCAGGUUUGGGAGUGAUCUCUGGGCUUCUGUUCCAUAGGUUAGGCAUGGAGAUGAAGGACAGUGUAUGAGCUGACAUCUUUUCUGCCACCAUUUGCCAGGGUCAGUGCCCUCCUGGCUGAUCCACAAAGCAGCGUCAGGAGACACAUUUUGACCUCCACAGUGGGGUGAUAGCAUGCAGGAGUCAGGAGAAAACAAAACUGGCCCUAGUUUUGUUUACACUUAGUCACUGUAUUUGAACUGUUUCCCCAACACUAAUUGUCCUAACAAUAGCUGAGGUCUCUGGGAUUACAGUCCCCCUUCCUCUCCUCCAGCCUGGAGUUGUGGGCCUUUUUUAUUCCUCCUUUCUCCUGCCAUACCCCCUGAACCCUGGGUUCCACUUCCCUUGCUACCCAUCAUCUACAGACUUUGAGUUCUCCUUUGUGGGAUCUCCACCUACUGAUAGCAAAAAGGUUAGACUUUUAAGGGUCAGUGGACUCCUAGUCUGAUCGGCUCCGCAUAGUCUCCUGUUCACAUCAUGCUCAGUAGCCCAUAAUCUUGGGUAUUUUAAAUCCAGCUAUAUUUUAAUGCACAUCUAUGAACACAGACAUGCAGCUUUUCGUACCUCAGCAUGUAGGAGCAUAACAGGCUAAGAUAACCCAGGGAGUUUACCAACAUCUCUCUUUACAAACCCCCCAAAAUAGAGACCUACCUCUGUCCUGUUAUCGUAACUCCGUAAAUGAAGUCAGUUACUGUCCCCCUGCAUUCUCUUCUUUCCCUCUUCACUUCAGCUGACACAGUUUUUCCUUUUAUCUUCAGCCAUUUGUCUCAAACCCACAGCGCACAAUUAGUUCUGUUUCAUUUGCUCAUCGGCCUGGCUCUUCCUCCACUUUACUCAAGGAUUUCCUAUAAGUUUUUAGUAAUGUCUUCCUAACCCCAACUGGUGAACCAGCUAAACCUUGAAACAUAAGGAGUGAUAGACCUUGUCAUUUAAAAUUUAGCCAGUGAAACUGCAAAUGCUACUUUCGUUCAUAUCAGUGUAAGUUUUUACCUCAGGCAAUAUCCUGUGAAAUGAGUUUCCAUGGAUUAAAAGUAGUACUUCCUUUUAUCCAUUUUCAAAUGUUGCCUUUCAAAUUUCAGCAAGUGCCUUCUUUUUAUUUGAAACAGUAAAUAGGGGGAUCUCAGCUGGUCUUCUCUUAACCAUUCAUUAUUUUUAAAUACCUCAGUCAUGUCUCCUAUUUUUCUCUUUCCAAAUUAGUUUCACACUUUCACUUUAAGUCUGAUUCCUGUCUUUUUUUUAACAUAUAUAUAUUUUUUAAAACAAAAGCAAAAAUGGGAAAAAACUUGGUGAUCAAAACGGAAAGCGUUAUUUUGAUUUAUGCAGUGCAGCCAUAAUUUUUCCUCAUCUCUAUAUUUUUAACAUUUGGAUUCUCUUUUGGUGUUUUUUUGUCUUCAUUGUACUUUGAGAAGAGGUUUUCACUGAAAUAUCUUCAGGGGUAGCCAAGUCUACAGCCAGGCAAAUGCCUCCAUUUUCUACAAAUACUCUCUCAAAGAAUCAAUGGAAUUCAUUUAACUAGUUUUUGCACCACUUGGUUUGCUUUCCAUGGCUAUUCUAGCAAGCAAGUUUACAAGCAUGUUCAUAUAUAAAAUGAUUAACCAACAUUAGGGAAUAUAUUAAUGGAAAGCAAGUCUGGAACUCAAACCAACUGUUUACAUUGGGAACUUGAUGCAAAGAUUCAUCCUGACCCAUAACAGGUCCUAUUGAGUUCAAUGGAUAUAGGAUCAGACACUAAGUAUGCAGAUAAGAUUAAAAUGCCAACAUUGCGCACACAGAAAUAAUGCAAAAGAUCUAAAUAGAUGGGAAAUAGCUAAAUGAGAUUCAUGCAGGACAAAUGCAAGUUAAAACAUCUUGGGGGAAAUAAAUUGGAGAGGAGAUAUUUGGAAAGCAAUAUUGUGAAAAAGACUAAAGGGGUGAUAGAGGACGGCAAGUUAGAUGUAUGUUUACAAAGAAAUGUGACAGAAAAACUGUGGGAUUUUAGACUGGAUAAAGCAAAGCAUCAAUUCAUAAGAGGAAUCAAUAUCUAUAACUGGGAAGACCUCAUCUGUAAUAAUUAUACUGGCAUGUAUGUAGUGGUUUACAUCCGUAUGUCUCCUACCACUUACAACUGAAUAUCAUUUGCUCCGUAUAUAAAAUAGGGAUAAUGAGACAGAGGUUAAAGUCAACAUCAAAAGUUCAGAAGUGCCUUUUAAGAAUCUACAUUUGGCUUGCUCAGUGAUAGAACCCAUGAAUCAAUUUCUUGACUUCAGCCCUGCACCAUGUCUGAUCAUGCUGUGUCCUAGAAUACUGUAUGGUUUAUGGACACCACUGUAUACCAGAAGGGCAUAGACAAAUUGAGUUUCAGAGGAAAGCAAUUAAAAUGGGAAAGUGGCUGGAGGGGUUCAUUUUAAAAGAGAAAUUAAUAGAAAUAGACACCAUGUAAUGACCCUCAAAUUUAAAAGACCUAGGAGAGAGAGAGAGAGAGGAAUUACUGAGGAUAGUACACGGGGGGAAAUAAGGUUAAAUAAAUAAAAGGGAAAGUUUUGGUUGAAUAGCAGGAAGGACGUCAGUCUCCCAAUGGAAGUUAAGAUGUUUCAGACCAAACUGGCUCAAUUUUAGUACACAUACAGUAAGGAAUAACCCUGCACUGCCAAGGAGGUGGGCUUCCUAGUCCUCCCCAGGCUCAGAUUUCUAGAACUGGGAGAAUGUCACUCACCUAGAUCUUUUUCCUGAGGGGUUACAGCUGGUUCAAGAACCCUUCUGUGUGCAGGUAGUGUAAAUAGGAAGAAAAUGUCCAUUACUUUGCAUUUGUCUAUGCUGAAUUUCAUCUCCCACUAUGUUAGUGACUUACCUGGUUUUGCUAGGUCCUUCUUGGGUGCCUCAUAAUAGGGCCUGCUCUUUAACCUGAAUAAUGUUGGAAAAUCACCUCACUGUUCAUCCUCUUUUCCAGGUUAAGUAGAUGGUAGAUUUGAUUACUUCUGUUUGGAAACAGCUCUUUGUUCUUUUAAUUCCUUCAGCACUGACAGGUGAACAGCAGCUCUCUAGGUGACUUGGUGUAAUUCAUUCUGGAGUUUCCCCAUCACUCCUUUCUGACAUUGCUUCUUCAGCUUCACUUCCUGGAAAAAUAAAAUCCUGCAGAAGGCAUUUCCCAUUGUUUUCUGUGAAGAUGACUGGUGCAAAAAAAUCAUUUAAGAUGCUUUCCCAGUCUUCCUACACUCUGGUCAUCCCUUUUACUCCCUUCCAGACCCACUGAUUCUCUCAUGGGCUGACUCUUAGUAGUUAAUUGCUCUUCAGGUUCCCCCUUAACCACAUUUUGAUAAUAAUUUUCAGUUGACCCAGAUUGUAGGUGGUUUUCUUCUCCGUAAUGAUCUCAGUAAUUAUGCCCAUAGUCCAACAUUGUCACCCCAAGUCUCUUUAAAUUACAACAGUUAUUAGACUUAUUGGGCUUGCAUACACAAAUCCUGCACCAAUCAGGCGCCUAGUAUCCAGAAUGCUCUAUCCUGGAAACAGAUUACUGUACAAAUUGAUUAAUCUCCCUAACACACUAUAAAUGCACUUCUCCCACAAAACAGAGUGGAACCUGCUUAUAGUGAAAUGGUUUGCACAGGACUGUUUCAUUAAAAAGGUCUUUCCAUCCUAGCUGGUCAAUAUUUCUUCAUCUCUGCUCCUACAGCCACUUGCAUCAUUUUAAUCCCCUCUGACGUAUAUUUUAAUCUCUGCACUGAGAAGGCUGAUACCUGGGAUUCUGAAUACGGCUCAUUUGAUUUUUAUGCUGUGCUGAGAGGCAGUGUUGCCUAGUGGAUAGAGCACUGGAUUAGGACUCUGGAGACCUGAGUUGUUUGCAGAUCUACCACUGACUUGCUGGGUGACCACAAGCAAAUCACUUCUCUCUUUCUCAGUUUCCUUAUCUGUAAAAUGGGUAUAAUGAGGAUACUUCCCUCCUUUGUAAAGUGCUUUGAAAUCAAUAGAUGAAAAAGCACUAGGUAAGACAUAUGUCAGUAAUAAUACCUAAGCGUUCUUUCCUUUCACAGGACACCCUCGUUUCCAGUCCUGGACCUGUUUUUCCAAUGUUAUUAGAUCUGUCCCAGGUUCUCACUAUACUGCCCAAUAAUGAUUUUGUGUUUGUCUACCUUAAAUCUAUAGAUUGACUUUCAUUUCCUCAUCUUGUUUUGGGCUUGCUUUAUUCUUUGAGGAUGCCAGCAGAUUGCAAACCAGUACCUUUGUUUAGAAUCCAGCUGUGCUCUGAGUCACACUGUUUUGGCAUGAUUCUCAUUCCAUCAGCCUCAGCAAAGGCGAGAGCUCUUACCUACCACAGCAGUUUGUUAAUGUACAACCAUCCCAUCUAAAUACCCAGAGCCAUCUCUUCCCCACACUUGCAUAGACUGCUUCUUACUAUUCACUUCCUCGCCUCUCUAUAAAGGCAGGUUCAGCAAAACCCUUUGAGUUGAUCACCAAGGAUAUUAGACCUUCAAAAUGGAGAACACACAAGAAUUUACUACUUGGGAUUUUUUUAGUUUUCUAACUGAAAGUACAUUUUGCUUCCUAUGUUACUAAUAGGGUACUUGAAACUAUAUGUACAGUCUUAAGAAAAAAAUCUGAGCCGUAUCUCCUCAUACAUGACAGCAGGUGCUCAGUUCUUUUGUAUGCUGUAUAUGUCCCUCUCCCACCCAUGCAAUCUUGCUUCCCACCAGCCGCAUUUACAAAGUGAACACAAAACUUGGAAAACAUGGAAAUCAUUUUAAAUUAUGUUCUCACAACAUGCAGCAAGAGAAACCAGUGGAAGUGAGCAGGAAACGUAAAGCCUGACAGAAGAAAACUUAGAGAAUUUGGGAUUUUAUUUUCAUUUAUUAAACAGGGCAGUUGCACAACCCUCAAAGUGAAAGCAUCUGAACUUCCUUAUUUUUUAAGACAAGCAUAUUUUAACAAAUUCUUCCACUCCAUUGCUGUAUUCUUAAUGAUUAGCACAGGCACUGCAUCUUACCCUGAAAAAGCUAUAAAAUCAGAACAGGUCUAUUGCAUAGGAUAUGCUGAGAUGAUAAAGGGAAAGCUCUGUGUGAAACAAUUUCUGCAGUACAGGAAUACCACAACAUGUCACUCAGAGAAUGGGUCCCAGUUAAAUUAAAUAUCCAGUUGAAAAGACCAGUUCACAUUUGGCAUCUGCACCAGCAAACCCAAUUUCUUUCUGCAUUUUGUUGUUCCUUUUCAAGGUAAUGUACCAUUAAGGUUUCCACUUGUGGAAUUCACCAGCACAUCCUGCUGAGAGAUGUAGCCUUUGGCAAGUUUGGAGAAAGAGUUGAAAUUCAGGUUCUUUCUGAAUGUUGAAGUCUGCAUAGCAGAUUCGAUUGCUUAUGCUGGAAGCCUCAUGUCUUGAGCUUAUGAGUUCUCCCCACCCCCUUUUUAGUGCCUCAUUAAGUUCUUGAUUUUUUUUUGUAGUUUUCCCUAAUAACUAGGAGCUGUUUUAGAAAGUUUUUGUAACAUUUAUAUCAAUAUUUUACUUUAACAAGGAUAUUUAACUAAAAAAAAUGAAAUUUGCCUUAGUGUAGGUUCAAAAACUGGGUGGUGACAAAAGGGAGAGUGCAGGGAACUUCUGGAAGCCACCCAGAUUCACCCCUCGAAGUAUUCAAGCUCUGAACCUGCGGCUGGAGGAAAAGCUACAGUGGCCUUCACAGCUAUGGCAAAGUCAGGCUGAGGAUCCUCUUCAAGUCAGGGUGAACUUUGUCACCAGUGGAACAAAUUCUGCCCUCGGGUUCCAAUACACAGGAGUGGGACCUCCGAGGGCAGUAUUUGGUCCAAAGGCUGGGAGCACCCCUUUCCGAAAGCAGCAACUUGGAAUUUCUCUUCUACUGUAGCUGGGGUGGAAGGGAGUCAGCAUCUUUUUUCUUUUUCCAGGGAUGCAACUCAACCUUUUCCAUGCUGCACUUUUAGAGCACAAGUUCCCAACUUCCAUUCCUACAGCCACAGCUGUCAAGGCCAGCAGCUUCCCCUCCUUACAGCUGGAUUAUUUUUUUAAAGAAACUUUCUAGCACUUUUUUUUUUUUUUUUUUUUUUUUUUUACACACAGUGAAUAACCUCUUUUUAUAGGAGUAUUUUUGGGCUUUAUAUAAAACAAGGUUUUAAAUUGUAAAAUAUCAAGUGCCAUUAGGAAAUGUACAGCUCAUCUCUGUUAAAUUAGCUUUUCCACUGUCUUACAGAAUUAAGUCCAAGAUGAAAGGGUUUUUUUAUAAUGAAGUUUAUUAAAAACGUUUGAACUGUC